GUUGCAUGGUUUUAACACAGUGAGAGGAAACGGGCAUAGUAUUUAUCAUAACACUUUGCGCCUCAAGGGGUGCAGAUGACUGUCUCUGAGGAACAUUCGGGUCUCCUUGCCUGCUAAACCAUUCGUGGAUUCAUAGGCAAAUUUGGACACUGGGAGUAGUAGCGGCCUGUGGGCCACGGUUCUUCGGCACCGACCAGGUCUUUUUCAAGUGCGCCUCUCCGAUUAGUUGCGGGCAAAGAUCUUUGGUUGCGGGGCUGGAUUUAGGUCUGGGUGCGGGUCACCGGGCUUGACAUUAAAAAUCAAAGUACUGGACGGACUGAGCGGGCCAUGUCCCUGUACAGACGAUGCCCGGCCCUUUGUUAUUGAAUGCACGCCCCACCUUGUGUCUCCGCGCAGCUCGGCGCCGGCGCUCCCAUUGGUUGCUGGGCGCAAUGUCCGAGCUGUGAUUGACUGCUGGGCGGAGAUUGGACGGAGUGAGAUGUUGAUGCAGGAGCGAGGUUGUUUACAAGUUGCAAUGGAUCCCAGCGGCGGCUCCCGGCGGACAAGGGACCGCGGCACCAGCACCAGCAGCGCCCGGGGGAACGGGGACCGCGGCGGCGGCGUCGCCCUCCAGGGCCUCAAGCUGGCAGCGCUGCUCCUACACUUGUUGUCGGUGGUUGGAGCUGCCCCGCGACCAGAAUGUGUACCUUCCAAUGGAACAGAUUUAAGAGCUGAGCAGCGUAUUACAUCAGGAGUAAAUUGUACAAACUUGGUGGAAAGCAAAAAGGAAUUCAACUUGACUCUGUCCCAAAACAGCACAGGGGCAUCAUUGAACGAAGACCACAAUGAGACGACCGGGUUGCCGGAAACGGUGGAGCCUGGAGUGAGUGUGGCUCAGAUCGACGAGCAGGUGAAGCCGCCCUCUGGCCGCGAGCCCAGCGUCCAGCGACCGGUCACUGGCGGUACCUUGCCCGUGAGGCAGUCUGCCAAACGGAAACGGGACCUCGGAGUUCUAGGUCGGGCUAUGGCGAUUGGAAUGAUUAUCAUCAUCAUAUGUUUGGGUUCCGGCAUCACAGUGGGCUACAUCUACAAACGAGGACAAGCUAUAAAGAGGGAACAGGAGCAGCGAGCACGUGAACAAGAGAUCCAGCGAAUCAUGUUGCCGUUGUCGGCCUUUACCAACCCCACCUGUGAGCUGGAGGACGAGGUGACGGUGAUGAUGGUGAACCCGCAGGCACUGACUGGGGAAGACAGUGAGGCGGACAGUUCUCGUGCAACCGCCACUGGCACUCCUGGGGCUUGAGUUACGGCGCAAACCAGUGGAAAGGUUCUCUGGCUGUGGACUCUGACGAGAGAGCGAGCUUGCUUGAAACUUUAUAGCAUGUCUCCGGACACACAACUCAUUCUGACAACUGGCGCACUGUGGAGUUUCUCCUUCCUGGAAGGAUCAGGCCAUGACUGGGUGUUGAUAAUCAAUGCAUGAAGAGCGUUUAGCAGUAUCCAGCAGUGAAACAUGUGAUGGUUCUGUUUUAUAUUUUAGGCUGCAAUUUAAGCAUAACCUGGGUUUGGACACGUGAAUGGUAAACAGCUUGUGUUUCAAACUUUAAUAUAGAUAUUUCUAGGGGUGGGGGUUGGAAUUACUGUGUGAAGUAUUAUGCGCCACAAGUGGAGAGAGCAACAUAACCGGGUUUAAAGAUGGGAGGGUGGGGCAUGCAGGGCGUCUCCGUUCAGUAGGAUGGCGAUUGAUCCUUAUCCUGUCCUUCCACAUAUUCCCCUCAGUGCCCUGCACUCUGUCAACAAACUCUAAACGCCCUGUGGCAACUUUGAUUGAGGCUCUGAUCCCUGUCCAACGGCCUAGUUCUGUCACUCUGUCCUUGUAGACACUAGCUCCACAAACACUUGCUCAAUUUGUGUGACUGACCAUAUAACCCCUGCUCUUGGGAUGAAGAUGAACCCUCCACAUCCCAGCGAUCAGUUGCGUGUUUAUCAGUGUGUCCCUGCUUUCAGCACAAGAAUAUCACUCCUCAGGAAAGGAUACCUAAACUGAACAAAAUACUGCAGCUGCAGCCUCACCAAAGCCUUAGCAAGUGCACGAGCAGCAUUCUCUGUCCUCUUUAAGCAAAGACCUCCAGUAUUGGAAUCGCUGUUAACUCUCAGGGAUUUGCCUGACCCAGGCCAAAUUUUUGCUUUUCCAUUUUUCAAAGUAGAGAGGGCAGCAGGACCAUGUUUGAAGUUGGGAGGGGAAGGUAAGCAGGACAGCUCCAUUCAGCAGGAUCAAGGUUGGGGCUCCUUUUGCCAUGCCCUAUAAUCUGGAUAAACUAAGGAUUCCAUUCCAUCACUGUCAGUGUUUGUUGCUUUGCCUCCUGUUUGAGGCACUCCACGGGGAAGGGGAAAAUGCCUCAACAUCCACUCAACCAAGCUCAGUGACCACUUCCCAGAUUUCCGUGUAUGUGAACCCUGCCAGAUCACGAGAAUAAUGGAUGGCAACGAGCAGCUCAUCUCCAGAGCAACCGCCCCCCCCAUACACAUUAUCUCCACCAACACACUCAUCCCCCCCACCCCAAAGUCAGUGUCAAGGAGCACCUGAGACACGAUGUCGAGGAAACCCAGGUCCUGACUGACAAUUAUUAAAUGUGCUAGAAAAUCAAUUUCAGGUAUUACCUGUGGGCUUUCUGCUUUGGCACCUUCUCCAUAAUUGGAGCUCUUAAGUAUUCAAGAAUGUUCCUAAUUUAUCCAGGAAUAUGUCAUGGAAUAUUCUGUUAAAUUUUUUAAUUACAAUGUAAUGAAA